AAUUGAGAGAUAUAAUUAAGCAAACAAUGAAUAAUUUGAUUUUGAUAUGAGUUCAAUGAAUCUGAGCUUGAAUUUCGGGAGUUUUCCAAGUCCAACAUUGAGUUUUGGUUAUUUGUUCCUCAUUAGUAACACCAGAGUUGCUCUUCAAUCUGUGCAAAUUUGGAGGAUACAAAUAAAACAGCACAAUAAAGAUCAAUUUGCAUUUGUUCUAAUAGAAUAUCCCACUACAACAAUUCCUAUAAUAUCUUUGAGAUUAAUUAUAACAGGUAAAAUUUCCCCCAUUCAUUUGUUCUAAUAGAUUAAUAACAGGUAAAAUUUCCCUCACUCCUUUGGAAGACAGAAAGAUAGUAUAUAAAUGAUGUUUCUCAUUAGAGUAGAAUAGUAUUACUUCAACAUUGUUAGAAGUUGUGUGUCAUUUCACAUUGAUUUAAUUGGGAGGAAUUUUUUUUUUCGAUUGGACAUGAAUUAUUCACAUUACUCGCGCAUCCAAAGGGAACUAGAGAUGCAUAACAAUGUCGUCCGCCGAAAUAUCAAGGCACCCCCAGAAGAAUCUUGGAAGAAAAUGUAUGACGUAACUGAUCGGACCUAUUUUUUGCCUAGGACUCCAUCUGUGAUGACCCCCGCGAGACAAUCUAUGGAAGCCAUGUAUCGGUACGAGAAGAAUAUGCCUCCAGCCAUAGCUGAGAGUUGCAUGACCGGACAUUAUAAUAAAGACUUUGACAACCACAUAUUGCAACUGAUGAGUACGUUCCCCCAGACACCAAUAACCCAUCUAACUUACUGGUACAACAAAUACAAGGGGGAUUUGCAUCAUACCAUCGAGUUCCUCCUAAACGUAAAGGAGGAAGUGACGGCAUUGACGGCCGAAGAUAUCAACGCCACGAGUCGAGAAAUGUCGAAUGUAUACCUCGGUACCAAGAGCGAUUUUAAUGAUGCCUCCAGGAGUGGCAGCAACAAGAAUGAAGCGAAGAAGAGGAAAAACAGACGGAAGAAGAGGAUGUCGGUGGAACCCGACCACGAGGAAGUCAAAGUAGAAGUCGCGAAGGACGAAAUCGUAGAGCUCAACCUCGGCGCGAAUUUCGUGACCCAGCUGGAGACCUGUUUCGGGGACCCCAACCUGCCUUACCCCCAGGGUAUUCAGCCUGUCGUUCAGGUUCCCCGCUCUCUGGCCAGGCAGCUGUACGCGUCUUAUGUCGACAGCGUCUACCAGCAAUUGGAAUCCCAAAACCACGUCUUGGAGAUGGAGAACGAAGAGUUCGCUAGGAAGCUGAAAAGAGAUCAAUAUCAGCAUCGCGAACAAGCGGCGAGGAAUGUGAACCCCGCCACUGUUCUAACCAGCAAAUGUUGUUUGACGCUUUUCCUACCAUCGCCCAAAAUGUUCUCCUUGAAGUUCUCUAUGCACACAAUGAUAGUUAUAAGGAGACAGUGGAGACUUUGUUGGCUACAACAGGAUACAAAAAUGUCAAUGACAGUAUCGUGCAAGUCGAGGGGGCGCCAAUAAGGGAAGAUGUUUUGCACGAAAUGAAGGUGGCGCAACAGAUUAACGGUGAUCAGGAAUAUGGAGAUCGACAAGAUGCCUCAUUCCACCGUGCGGAAGCCAAAAAAUACUUCGAGAAACGGUGCGAGCUGUUCGACAUGGCCCAACAGUAUCACCGGCACGGCUUGACAGAAGCGGCGCAGUUCUUCUUUGGCUUGUCGAGCCUCCAAAGCGAAUACUUGGUGAGAGCGAACGCAAUGGCAGUCACGGCUAUUUUGAACGAACACUCGAGGCGACUGCAAGAUUUCAACACGCUCGAUCUACAUUUCCUGUACGUGAAAGAAGCUAUCUCUGCGCUGGAUGUGUUCUUGGACAGGAACAUAAGUUUGCUAAAGCUGAGCCAACAGAGAACUCACGAGUAUUUGCAGAUAAUAACGGGCCGUGGAAAUAGGAGCGAAAACGGAAUAUGCAAGAUCAAGCCGGCCGUGAAGGCAAGGCUAAAGGAACGAAAUAUCGAUUGUGUGGAGCUCAAUCCAGGGAGGUUGAAAGUGAGGAUCACCAAAGGUUCUAAGGUUGCCAGCGAGUUGUCCAAAACCUGAUGACAAGUACGAAUGUUUUUAUGCGAAUUGUCCAAAACCUGAUGACAAGUACGAAUUUUUUUAUGCAAAAAUGA